GCCUCGUCGGACCCGGACACCACCCGCGACCUGCAGCGCCUUUCCUACACCUGGGAUUGCAAGCGUGAGGACUACCCGGCUCCCUGCUUCACGGGUGCCGACCAGGGCGACUCGACCUCCUCUCCCGGCGUGUGGCAGCUGGCCCCGGGCCUGCUGACCAGCGGCGUGCUGCACACCAUCACCGUGACGGUGUCCAAGACAGUGUCGCAGGGCGCCUCGCCCCUCAGCGCCACCGCCUCGGUCAGCUUCAAGCCCAGGUCCACCGCCCUGCCCUUUCCCCGCGGCAGCCUGUCUCGGCAGUGCAGUGCGGCAGAGUGUGCCAGCCCCCACAACACCGACAAGGACCUCACGCUCAUGCUCGUCAUGGAGUCGCAGUUCAGGACCGCUGCUGUCACCUGGUCCAGUGCUGAGAUCGACGACAUCAGCGCCAUCAAAGCGACCGCCGCGACCCUCACAGACGGCUCCCCCUCCGGCACCUACCUGCUCACCAUCCCCUCCGCCUACCUGCCCACCAACCUGGCGGCCGCAACCAUCACCGCCAAGAUGCUCCUCAACGGCCUGGACGGCUCAGCCAUGGUCACCGUGCCCCUCAACUCCGCGCCCGCCUGCACCCUCAGCGACACCGACGAUAACUCGGCCUGCCUCAGCGUCGAGCUCACCUCCAGCACCUUCCCCACCGCCGUCGCCUCCGUGCGCGCUCAGGGCUGGUCGGACGCGCAGGACUCACAGCUGACCUACGAGUUUGGUGUGCGUGUCGCCACCUCGACGGGAACUGAGGACCGGCCGCAGCAACUGAGCGUCCUAACUUCAGCUAACAUUAUCGCACUGCCGCAAGGGGACGUUACCGUAUACGGUUGCGCCAAGGACAGCCAGGGCGUCCGCAGAUGUGGGACGGCUGUUGUAACCAUUAAUCCGCCAGGCGCCGGCUUUGAUGCCGCAGCUAUGCUGUCAACUAUUGACAUGGACGCCUUGAGCCAGUCGAACGACCUCGGGUCGUUGCUCCAAGCGGCGAACCAGAUGUCCCUGCUCAUGGCGUACAUGGGCAGCACUAGCGGCAGCUCAAGACGGCGGCUGGUUGCGCAGACGGCGGCUGAAGUGGCCUCGGACCAAACCGUGGCUGUGGUCUCAUCGAUUUUGGCGAACGCUAACUUCCAGGACCCUGACCAGGCCUCCCUGGCUCUCUCCUCCAUCGCCAACACAGUUGGUAGUGCUGCUGGUCGGCUCACUGAGACCGCCAAGAGCACCAUCUUGGCCGGCGCUGUCUCCAUCAUGAACACCGUGGUUGAUGCGGGUGGCAGCGGCACCACCAUCACCAAGGUCUUCUGCCUGCAAAUCAUCACAUUGCUGAACGCCACCGCCCCUGCCACCACCGCCACUGCUGCCAGGCGGCUGCUAGACGUCUCCUCCGUCACCGCCCUGGAGUGGGUCAAGCAGACGCUGUCCCUCACGGCCAUGAUGGCAGACUCCCUGGGCAUGCAGGCCACACCCGGCGGCAACUACCUGACCGUGGAGGGCGGCGGAGUGUACGUGGCGGCAGGAGCUGUAAACGUCAUGGGCAGCGGCUCCUCCGCCACUGCCUCCCUCAGCCUGCGUGCUGGCGUGGACUCGACAACUAGCAGCGGCGGCAGUUCAGUGUCGCAAAGCAGCACUGCGGACUUGGUUCUUUCCGGCGCCGCCGCCUCUCAGGCUGACGGCUACAGCCUUGGCCUAUCCUACCUUUCUGACGCCGCUGCGAUUGUCAAGUCAGCGUUUGGCAGCUCUCUGCCGUCGGAUGCUUCCCUGCAGAGCAGCAUGGUCAGCGUGACUUGGAGCGCUGUGUCGAGCAGUGCCGCUGCCUCCCCGCCCUCCCUGGACGGAACCACCAACUACAUCCAACUCAAGAUCCCCGUCUCCAACUAUGACCCAACCAAGGCGACCGUCUGCUUGUCUUUCGACGAAACCACCAACACCCUGACUGGUGGACUGCAGGGUCUUGCUGCCAGCGCCUUCCCAUCUUCCUUUGUCAAGCACAGCGCAGCCAGCAGCCUCGUCACCUGCCGUGUCACCGCUGAGGGCAUCUACGUUGUUGCCCAGGGCACGGCGCUCAGCCCCCCGCCAGCCCCCUCGACACCGCCGGGUGGACUCGGAUCCGUCAGCAACCCGCCGCCGCCCCCGGAUGGUCGCGAACAGUCCAGCGGAAGCGAGUCCCCAUCACCGUCCCCUAAGACGGACAGCAAUGGUAAAAAGGAGGUGACUGUUGCAGCCCCCGUGGCCGGUGCCGUGGUGGGCGGUGCGGCAGUCCUGGCGGUGGUGGUGGCGGUCGUUAUGAUCCGCAAGAAGCGACAGGAGAGUCGCACUGUAGUGACACCCACCGCCCACACUGACGUGGGCCCGGCUGCCGAUAUCACGGGCACUGCUGCUGCUCCUCCUGCGGCUUCUGCUGCUUCACCCACGCCUGCCCCGGCUGCUGCUGCAUCACCACCACCACCACCUCCGUCGCCCCCACCUGACCCGCCGGACCUGCCACCAUCCCCACCCUCACCGCCGCCUUCUCCCCCACCAUCACCGCCGCCUUCACCCCCACCCUCACCGCCGCCUGAUCCUCCACCUUCUCCGCCACCUUCUCCCCCACCCUCCCCGCCUCCAGACCCGCCACCUUCUCCCCCACCGUCACCACCUCCGUCGCCCCCACCUGACCCGCCGGACCUGCCACCAUCCCCACCCUCACCGCCGCCUUCUCCCCCACCCUCACCGCCGCCUUCACCCCCACCCUCACCGCCGCCUGAUCCUCCACCUUCUCCGCCACCUUCUCCCCCACCUUCUCCCCCACCUGACCCGCCGCCUUCCCCACCACCCGACCCGCCGCCCUCGCCCCCUCCUUCCCCACCGCCCAACCCGCCUCCAUCCCCACCGCCCUCACCGCCGCCCUCCCCACCACCGGACCCCCCUCCUUCUCCACCACCCUCACCGCCGCCCUCCCCACCACCGGACCCUCCUCCUUCUCCCCCACCAUCGCCACCGCCUUCGCCUCCACCCUCGCCGCCGCCGUCCCCACCUCCGGACCCGCCACCAUCACCCCCUCCUUCCCCGCCGCCCGACCCCCCUCCUUCUCCCCCACCGUUGCCGCCUCCUUCCCCGCCACCUGACCCCCCUCCUUCACCUCCGCCAAGUCCUCCACCCUCACCCCCACCUAGUCCACCGCCUUCUCCCCCACCCUCGCCGCCACCCUCACCGCCGCCCUCCCCACCACCGGACCCCCCUCCUUCUCCACCACCCUCACCGCCGCCCUCCCCACCACCGGACCCUCCUCCUUCUCCCCCACCAUCGCCACCGCCUUCGCCGCCACCCUCGCCACCGCCGUCCCCACCUCCGGACCCGCCACCAUCACCCCCUCCUUCCCCGCCGCCCGACCCCCCUCCUUCUCCCCCACCGUUGCCGCCUCCUUCCCCGCCACCCGACCCCCCUCCUUCACCUCCGCCAAGUCCUCCACCCUCACCGCCACCUAGUCCACCGCCUUCUCCCCCACCCUCGCCGCCACCCUCACCGCCGCCCUCCCCACCACCGGACCCCCCUCCUUCUCCACCACCCUCACCGCCACCCUCCCCACCACCGGAUCCCCCUCCGUCUCCCCCACCAUCGCCACCGCCUUCGCCGCCACCCUCGCCACCGCCGUCCCCACCUCCGGACCCGCCACCCUCACCCCCACCAUCCCCGCCACCUUCCCCACCACCUUCUCCUCCGCCUUCACCACCGCCCUCGCCGCCACCAUCGCCGCCACCAUCGCCUCCACCCUCUCCGCCACCAUCGCCACCACCAUCUCCACCACCCGACCCGCCUCCGCCUAGCCCACCGCCUUCCCCGCCACCUUCACCACCACCUUCUCCACCACCCUCUCCGCCACCCUCUCCACCACCCUCCCCGCCACCUUCCCCACCACCCGACCCGCCACCGUCACCUCCACCCAGCCCACCGCCUUCUCCACCACCGUCGCCACCUCCAUCACCGCCCCCGUCACCCCCUCCAAGCCCCCCUCCUCCGAGCCCGUUGCCUCCGAGCCCGUCUCCUCCGAGCCCUGAUCCCCCUAGUCCCCUCCCGCCAAGUCCGCCUCCCAGUCCAGACCCUCCGAGCCCCCUCCCUCCAAGCCCCCCUCCUCCGAGCCCGUUGCCUCCGAGCCCGCCUCCUCCGAGCCCUGAUCCCCCUAGUCCCCUCCCGCCAAGUCCGCCUCCCAGUCCAGACCCUCCGAGCCCCCUCCCUCCAAGCCCCCCUCCUCCGAGCCCGUUGCCUCCGAGCCCGCCUCCUCCGAGCCCUGAUCCCCCUAGUCCCCUCCCGCCAAGUCCGCCUCCCAGUCCAGACCCUCCGAGCCCCCUCCCUCCAAGCCCAUUCCCUCCAAGCCCUCUUCCACCCAGCCCGCUUCCUCCGAGCCCACCACCUCCUAGUCCCUUCCCACCAAGUCCACCACCCAGCCCUGACCCUCCGAGCCCGCUGCCACCCAGCCCAUUGCCGCCAAGCCCACUGCCGCCAAGCCCUUUACCACCGAGCCCACUGCCGCCAAGCCCUUUACCACCGAGCCCACUCCCUCCCAGCCCACUACCGCCAAGUCCACUGCCUCCUUCACCACUGCCCCCUUCACCACUACCUCCUUCACCACCGCCUCCUUCUCCUGAUCCUCCUUCUCCUCUGCCACCCUCGCCCUUCCCUUCUCCUCCCAACCCUCCAUCACCCGAUCCCCCCUCACCUCUUCCUCCGUCCCCCCCACCUACCCCUCCCUCGCCUCCCUCGCCCGUUCCCCCCUCGCCUCCUUCACCAACUCCUCCGUCGCCCCCCCGUCCUCCCAAGCCGCGGCCCCCAUCACCUUUCCCGCCUUCCCCGCCUACCAUCGCACCUUCUCCCCCAUCACGCCCUCCUCCCGCCCCGCGGGACCCCUGUGUCGACUGCCAAGCUUGCCUCAGCAUCCUCGCACCUUUCGCUGCUCAAGCCGCCGCUAGGGCUUCCCCCAGUGUGGAUACGGCAGCCACAGCAACUGCCUUCCUCAGCGUUUGCAGCCAAAACCAGUUCCCGACCGCUGCCUGCAACAACAUUGCCGUGGCGAUCAUGGAUGGCACCACUCAGAUCGCCGCCCGCGCGGGUCAGAUGUGCGCGCAGCUGGGCGUGUGCAGCACCGCCCUCAAGUGUUACAGCCUCUCGGCCGCCAGCAUCAAUGGUUCUGCAAUUACCUUGACGGGUGGCCUGGACCUGUGCACGGCCGAGGGUGUAAUCGGUGGCCAAGGAGUCACCCUUCCAAGUGCCAACAUCACGGCCAGCAGCUGCCUUUCCCGCUCAGACUGCGGCACUGGGCAGGUGUGCUACUUUGACACGAGUGCGGCUGUCAAACCCCGAGUCUGCGGUUGUGAGGCUGGUAACGACGUGUGCUACGGUAUUGGCACUUGUGUCAGCUACUGCGACCUCAACUCGACGGUUACACAGCUUGAGCGUCUGAACAGCGGUAUCUCCACCUGCACCCCGACCGACAGUGGCAGCGGCACUGGCUGUGCGGAUGAUGAACUUUGUGUGCAGGUCGCCAACUGCCAGCGCUGGCAAUGCAAUGCAACGAGCCAGUCGCUUGUGCCUAUCUCGUGUGAGGGCAAGUGCAGGCCGAAGGGUCUUAAGCCCCUUUCCGCCAAGAUCUCUGAUGACGGGCAGUCGGUGGUGGUCACCCUCAACGCCUACGCGGCCAAGCUGUCAUCUGUGCCUUGCGGCCGCAUCUUCGACGGCUGGUCUUCCGUUCUCCUGGGUGGUGCGAGUGCGGCAAUGUGCAGCACCUCUGACAACACCCUCACCGCCAAGAUGGGACCGACGGCGAAGCUCAUGCCUGGGAACUCGCUCACCUUGCUGACCUCCUCCACCUCGGCCCUGGUGGGGCAACUGGAUUCAACUCUGGUCUUCACCGGCUCUGUGACGGUGGAUUCCUGCACCGCAUGUGUUGCCCCCAAGGUUGCUCUGGCGGGCCCCUCCGCCAUCACCACCCCGUGCACCGACAGCAGCAGCAGUAGCAGCCUGCUGCAGGCCGCGGGGGCCGUGCCGCCGUCCUUCGAUGCCUCGCUCUCCUACGACCCCUCGGGCCGCACGACCUGGUCCAAUGUCCAGUGGUCCCUAGCCGACUCCUCUGGAGAUGCUGACGGUCGUGCCACACUGCAGGCCGCCAUCGACCGCACCAACGCCGUUUCCAGCCCCAACAGCCGCCUGGUUCUGUCACUCAAGACGACAGAGGCCAAUUCGCUGCCCCAGUCGGCUUAUGUGCUGCAGGUUACACUGACGUCCUGGCUAAACACGUCCGCAUCCAAGACCUUCAGCUUUGCCAAGACUGGAGAUGAUGCCCCUCCGGCUGUCAAGGUUGUGGGGCCAGCCGUCCAGACCUUCCGGCUGUCAUCCGGAGUGCGAGUGUCUGCUACUGUGGGGCAAGUGUGCAGUGGCCGCUCCUUGAACUGGCUCUGGACGUCCCCAUCAGGCUGGUCGGGAAUGCCCGUGGAUGGCUUCCCGUCGCAGCAGCUCUACCUGCCGCCACCUGUGCUUGCCAUUCAUGGCCAGGCUAUUUCAUUCGUCGUUUCUGCCUCCUACGAUGGUUUGACAGGCGUGGCCGCGGGCACUGACACCGUGACGAUGGUGGCUGUGGGUGCGGCGCCCUCGGCCAAGCUGUCGGGCCCCAGCGGUGAUGUGCCAGACAACACCACGCUGGUGUUCAAUGCCACCGCCUCGUCGGACCCGGACACCACCCGCGACCUGCAGCGCCUUUCCUACACCUGGGAUUGCAAGCGUGAGGACUACCCGGCUCCCUGCUUCACGGGUGCCGACCAGGGCGACUCGACCUCCACUCCGGGCGUGUGGCAGCUGGCCCCGGGCCUGCUGACCAGCGGCGUGCUGCAUACCAUCACCGUGACGGUGUCCAAGGCAGUGUCACAGGGCGCCUCGCCCCUCAGCGCCACCGCCUCGGUCAGCUUCAAGCCCCGGUCCACCGCCCUGCCCUUCCCCCGCGGCACCCUGUCUCGGCAGUGCAGUGCGGCAGAGUGUGCCAGCCCCCACAACACCGACAAGGACCUCACGCUCAUGCUCGUCAUGGAGCCGCAGUUCAGGGGUUCUGCUGUCUCCUGGACGAGUAAGCAGAUUGAAGGCAUGGGCGACCUCGAGGCAACUCCGCUGAUGGUCAACGGCACCCCCUCCGGCACCUACCUGUUCACCAUCCCCUCCAACUACCUGCCCACCAACCUGGCAGCCGCAACCAUAACUGCUAACAUGUACCUUGACGGCCUGGACGGCUCAGCCAUGGUCACCGUGCCCCUCAACUCCGCGCCCGCCUGCACCCUCAGCGAAACUAGUAACGCAGCCUGCUUGGGCAUCGAGGUCAUUUCAGACACCUUCCCGAACGCAGUCGUAAAGGCUCAAGCCCAGGGCUGGUCGGACGCGCAGGACUCACAGCUGACCUACGAGUUUGGUGUGCGUGUUCCCACCGCGACGGGAACUGAGGAUCGGCCACAGCAGCUGAGUAUCCUAACUUCAGCUAACAUUAUCGCACUGCCGCAAGGGGACGUUACCGUGUACGGUUGCGCCAAGGACAGCCAGGGCGUCCGUACAUGUGGAUCGGCUGUUGUGGUGAUCAAGCCUCCGAGUGCCAACUUCGACGCAACGUCAGUCCUGUCGUCUAUCAACAUGACUGCCUUGGGCCAGUCGAAUGACCUUCAAACCCUUCUCCAAGCGGCGAACCAAAUGUCCCUGCUUAUGGCAUACAUGGGCACGAGCACUUCUGCCAGCGCCAAGACAGCUUCCGCUAAAGUGGCUGCUGCUAAGGAGUACAAGACGGCGGCAGAAGUGGCCUCAGACCAGACAGCGGCUGUGGUCUCUUCGAUCUUGGCAAACGCCAACUUCCAAGAUCCUGAUCAGGCCUCCCUGGCUCUCUCCUCCAUCGCCAACACAGUCGGUAGUGCUGCUGGUCGGCUCACUGAGACCGCCAAGAGCACCAUCUUGGCCGGCGCUGUCUCCAUCAUGAACACCGUGGUUGAUGCGGGCGGCAGCGGCACCACCAUCACCAAGGCCUUCUGCCUGCAAAUCAUCACAUUGCUGAACGCCACCGCCCCUGCCACCACCGCCACUGCUGCCAGGCGGCUGCUAGACGUCUCCUCCACCACCGCCCUGGAGUGGGUCAAGCAGACGCUCUCCCUCACGGCCAUGAUGGCAGACUCCCUGGGCAUGCAGGCCACACCCGGCGGCAACUACCUGACCGUGGAGGGCGGCGGAGUGUACGUGGCGGCAGGAGCUGUAAACGUCAUGGGCAGCGGCUCCUCCGCCACUGCCUCCCUGAGCCUGCGUGCUGGCGUGGACUCGACGACAAGUGCGCCUGGUAGCAUUUACACGUCGCAGAGCAGCACUGCGGAGUUGGUUCUUUCUGGCGCCGCUGCUUCUCAGGCUGAUGGCUUCAGUCUUGGUCUGUCGUACCUCCCCCAGGCUGCCGUACUGGUUAAGUUGGCAGCCAGCAGCGCGCUGCCAGCGGAUGUCUCCCUGCUGAGCAGUGUUGCCAGCGUGACUUGGAACAAUGUGGCCAGCGCCGCCUCAGCUCUGCCAUCCCUGGACGGAGUCACUAACUACAUUGAGAUCCAGAUUCCCGUCUCGACCUUUGACAGGAGCCUGGCCACCGCUUGCGCGCAGUACAAUCCCGCCACCAACACCCUCAAGGGCGGUCUUCAGGGCCUCGCUCCUAGCUCUUCCCCAUCGACCUUUGUCAGAUAUCGCGCUUCUAGCGGCCUCGUCACAUGUCGUGUGACCUCCGAGGGCAACUACGUGGUCUUACAGGGCACGGCGCUCAGCUCACCACCAUCGCCACCUGCUCCACCUGGGUCCAUCAAGCCGCCUCCACCUCCGACUUCCCAAACGCAGUCUGGUGGAACCCCGUCUCCACCGCCGCCGCCAACUGCAGCCACACUUGUGAAAGACGACGACAAGAAGAAGUCCGUUGUGGGCCCUGUGGUCGGCUCCGUGUUGGGCGGAGUGGCUGCGAUCGCGAUCAUCGUCACCGUCUACGUGUUGUACAAGCAGCGUCGUGAGAGCCGUACCGUGACGCCGAGCAACAACCAGAACCAGAUGGAAAUUCCCACCGCAGCUGAUGCCAUCGGCGGAAAGGAUACGGGCGGCUCAAGCCCCCCUGCCUCCAUUCCUGCCGCCGUUCCUGUCGCCGUUUCUGAAGCCGCAUCGGCCGCCGUUCCUGUCAUUUCUCCCAGCGCUAAUGCUGGCCCCAGCACCAGUGAGCCCCAGCCAACUGCUGAGGCGCGGAUGACCUCUCGGCCGUACUCUGCUCGUGCCGUCACCCCCCGGCCUGACGUAUGGGUGGUUAAUGUGGCGGCGGACGUUGGAGGCGAGCCCGUUAACCAACGUAACCCUGCGGAGUUCAGCCUGCCGCACACCCCUGGAGGAGGUGCAGAUGUGGCGGCGGGUCGCUCAGUGUUUGUCGACAUGCCUGGCAGCAUGGCAGCAGCUGCGAACCCUCGGGGUUCUGCCUCUGGCAAGGACCUGAAGGCGCGCUGCCCGGCUGAGAUAGGUUAUCCCACGGAUUAAUUGAGGUCGCAAACUGAUGUUGCCAGGUGCUUUUUGCGCCUGACACUAAAUGAGCCGAUAUGGGCAUCGCCAAGCUUGUGGUGUGUGUUUAGCACGAUGUGGGGUUUCCUACGUCACGCUUUCGCCAAAGCGGAAAGUUAUCGUUGGAAUUCAUGUGCGCCUAUUUAUUGCCAGCUGCGUUCUGUCGAAGCGCAGGAAUGUUUAGCCGUCCUUUGGGUGUAAUUGCCGUUUCAAAAUCUGUUUCACGACCUUUUACGGUCACAAUAUUGUCACAGUCGUGAAUCGUUGCGAGGGAGGGUUGCGAUAAAUGCUUUUGGGGCGCAUCCUUGUGCGAAUGCAGCUGAUUGGGUUCUGAGCAUCACGCCUGGCGUGCUACUCUUCCGUCCUUUCCUAUUGGUUGUUCUACAACGGGAAAUAAGGGAUCGAAAGAUAAGUGCGCUCGCUGUUUUCCAUACCGGUCAUUAUCUGCGCCCAUCUAGCAGCUUUCCAUAGCUUUUUAUGCACACGGGGACAUAGGACAAUGACGUGCCUAUCCGUACAACUACCCACUGCACACCAUUUACGGCGUGUUGCCUGCGACUCAAGAUGUGUUGCGGUUCGAAUCAGGGUGUGCAUCAGGCUGUUGUGGGCGCCUUCAAGCACCAUCUAUACGUUUGGAGGUUAUGACCUUGUGAAUCACUUGCCACGGCACACAUGUGGUGCCCUUCACGAACAUCAUGCCCGUGCAAGUGGUGCGCCAAUCUGACGGAGCCGCAAUGGUGUGUCUCCCAGCGGGGUCGUCCUAGAGGUGUCUGUCUUCUUCAGUUCGCAAUUUAACGGUUACGUGUUUCCUUGACGUGCACGUGUGUGGCAACGGCGAGGAUUAUGACGCUGCGGCAGGGCGUCGUUGCUGAGCUGUUGGUUGUCAGUAGGGAGCCCCGUUGGUCAUCUACAAUCCGUUUACACGUAUUGCCAUUUGGACAUCUUUUUUCCGCACAUGCAUGUGUGAGUUUGCGCGGUUGCUUGACAGUUGGGGACCUCCCGACAAUGUUUCGCGCACCGGUUCAUCCAUGUUGUUACCGGUAUGGAAUUGAAGGCAGCAGGCUAUACGUGUGCUGAAACUUUGCACUGCCGUUGCUGUCUUGCGCUCGAGUGGGCAAACCCCUGACAACUUGCGUUCAUGUGUACCAAAAUCGUACAGCACAUUAAUCCAGUCCAUCGUUGAAAAGUUGGUUGGGGCUGGCGCUUACCGCUUGUCCAAUGCCAUGCGCAGUUACUUCCUUCAGUCGUGCUGGUCUAAUGCUUCGGGUCUUUCGGUUGCGAAAGGUUUGCGAUUGUGGCUUGGAGCAAAUCGGUUGCUUAACUUUACCGGCGCUAGUGCCCGAGUUCAGGAAUUGAGUGCAGUGGAUGCCGCCUGAGACUCGUUGUGGGUGCACCAUUUGGAACGAAGAAGUUGAAAGGGAAGCCAGCGCGAUCUGUUAAUACCCUGCCAAUAUACAAGUAAAAUAGCAAUCGAUGUAGUUGGUGGGCUCCUAUAACAUAUACAUGAGCCAAGGUCUGUA